UUAUUAUUAUAUUUGUUUCUUAUAUGCAGAGAAAAAGGCGGUAGGCAAAAAAAGGAAAAAUCUCCUCCUUUUAUUUUGAGCCUAAAAAUUAGAAAAAUAGUGUGUUAUAUCUCAAAUAACUGUUUAAUUAACAGUAUAACUUACUUUUUACAUAAUAGUUUGUUAGUAGCUGAUUCUGAUUAGACUUCAAUCCAUCAUAUUCCUGUCACCACAUUCAAUCUCACAAUAUUGCACUAUUUUCACUGUAUACUUAAGCUUUUUUCACUAUGGCAAAUGUUGCGGCUGUGUUGGAAACCCAAAAGUCAUUGGAGGCUAUGCUGUUGAAGAAGAUGAGUGACAUGGAAGCUCAGUUAAGAUCGGCAUCCUCCAUGCAGGAUACAGACAUAAUCGGUGGGAUUGAGGAAGAGUUUAAGCGCUUUUUCUUUACUUCAUCAACAAAUCAAUGAGAUUCUUAGGUCUCUGGAUGUGACCGAGAUGCGACACCGUAAGAAAUGCCUUCUUUUGAGUGGAGUCUCUGAGAAUGAUGAAGAAAACUUAACCCUAACAACGGUAUCCAUUUUCCAGAGGCAUCUUGGACUCACGGAUUUUAAGAGUGUGAAUUUAAAAGUCUGCUAUAGGCUGGGUCGCUUUGGCGAAGGGCACUCACGCCCUAUUGUUAUUCACUUUGCAAACGAGGCAUCCAAGUUAACAGUUUGGAAAAAUAAAACCAAAUUUAAGGGCUCAUCUCUGGUUGUACGUGAGUUUUUAACAAAAAGUCGUCAAGCAACAUUCAAGGCCGCUCGAGAACACUUUGGCAUGAGCAACGCUUGGACAUUGGAUGGAAAUGUAUGUAUCUUAACUCCUGAUGGCAAAAGGAUACGCCUUACAACAAUGCAGGAACUGGGCAAGAUCACAGCAAAGUUCCCGAAACCUUCUACUUCUGCUAAGGUUAUUGAUUCUGCCAUAUCUCCAUACUAAGACGGUCCAAACUCGGGCCAGACGAGUAAAUAAAAAGAAUUAGCUCUGUUCUAUAAAGUAUCUGCUUGUUCUUAUUUACAUAUUAGUUAAUCUGUAUCAUUUGUAUAAUCUUUGUCUAAAUAUGAAUUUUUGCAAUCGAAUAUGUGAACCAUACAUAUAACUUAUUAUUUCUUGUAUCGUUGGGUGACUCUGUUUCAUACUUGCGAUGUUU